UGAAUUGGCAUUAGUCUACAGAGUAAAGUGGUUAACGUCACCAAAUCGCUCUCAGACACCUUCAGUUAAUGACUGUUAGCUUCCGUCAUUGGAGGUUGCAACAGCUGAGUGGUGCUUCGAGCUAAUGCAUGUUCAGACUGAGCUGACCUAAAUUGCCUGCUGAUCACUCAGCAUUCCCAUGGCCUCCAGGGGCCGGGCCUGUGUGUGGAUAGCAAUAGUCUCCGUCGGCGAGGAUCUGAUUGACUGUUAUCCAAACAAGGUCAGUAUGGCUGCAAUGGAAGAUUUUUUACUAUAUCCCCCGAAUGUAAUAUCUCUGCUCGUCACAGUUGUGAUCCUACUUGCUUUCUAUCUAAUCUGCACCAUCCUUGCUUCUGAGAGAAAUUACCCUCCAGGUCCCACGCCACUGCCGCUGUUUGGCAAUUUGCUACAGUUGAAUCGUCAGCCGCUUCACAUUGCGCUCUAUGAGCUGUCCAAGAAGUAUGGCCCAGUAUUCACUGUCCAUUUGGGGCCCAAAAAGACAGUGGUGCUGGCAGGUUACAAGACGAUCAAGCAAGCUCUGCUGAAUGUUGAUGCCUUUUCAGACAAGGAAGUACUUCCAAUUAUUAGUGACUUAAAAUUAACUCAUGGAAUUGUUUUUGCCAGUGGGGAUUCAUGGAGAGAGAUGAGGCAUUUUGCAUUAACAAACUUAAAAGAGUUUGGAAUGGGAAAAACAGCAAUCGAAGAAAAAAUCAUAGAGGAGUCUGAGUGCCUGAUUGAAGUAUUUGAAGAAAAAAAAGGUAAAGCCUUUGACACUGCUGAGGCUGUGAGCUCUGCUGUUUCCAAUAUCAUCUGUUCGAUUGUUUAUGGUAAAAGAUUUGAAUAUGAUGACCCAGAGUUCAGAGUGAUGUUGAGUCGAGCUAUUAGGAAUACUCAACUCCUCGGCUCUGCUUCAGUGCAGUUAUAUAACUACUUUCCAAUGCUGUUCAGUUGGGUUAAAGCCCGCAAAGAGCUGAUAGAGAACGCCUUUGCUAAUAGAAGACAGAUAGCAGCAUUGAUCAAAGGCUUAGAGGACACCCUUGAUCCACAGAUGUGCAGAGGUUUGGUGGAUGCAUUUCUCGCUCGGAAGAUUCAGCUUGAGGCAUCUGGAAAUAUUGAUAAAAAUAUAAGUUCUCACUAUCAUGAAGACAACCUACUGAUUACUGUUGUCAACCUAUUUACUGCUGGCUCAGAAACUACAUCUACUACUAUAAGAUAUGGCUUAAUGUUUAUGGCCAAGUACCCUGGAAUACAAGACAAAGUCCAGGAGGAACUGGAUCAGGUAGUAGGAAAUCGCCAGGUCCGAAUGGGAGACAGAAAGAGCCUGCCGUUCACUGACGCUGUCAUCCAUGAAAUACAAAGACUGAUUAAUACUAUGCCUUUUAUUGUACGUUGCGUUUCACAAGAUGUCACCUUUCAGUCCUACUUCAUCAAGAAGGGAACCCCAGUGAUUGGUGUGCUUUCAUCAGCUCACUGGGAUGAGAAUAACUGGGAAAAUAGUUCCGCUUUUAAUCCAGCCCAUUUCCUGGAUGAGAAAGGCAAUUUUAGAAGGAGAGAGGCUUUUAUCCCAUUCUCUGUAGGGUCGAGGGUUUGUGCUGGAGAGAGUCUGGCCAAGGUGGAGCUUUUCCUUUUCUUUGCCUCCCUCCUCCAGCGCUUUCGAUUCACUCCCCCACCUGGAAUGACUGGAGAUGACCUGGAUCUGACACCAGUUGUAGGCUUCACCCUCACCCCUUUACCUCAUAAGCUCUGUGCCAUCAGCAGAGUUUGAAGAUUAAAAGUGUAGAACAGACAAAUGGUGUUUUUCUUUAACCAUUUUGGUUACACAAAACCACAAAGAACAAGCUGUUGGAGUUUGAUCUGCUUGUUCUUAUGAAAAGGUAUUGUUGUCAUCGUUAAAGCCUUAACCCUGAUUAAAACCAUGUUUGACACUGUUUUUGAACACACCUAUGAUAAAUUGCCUGAGUGGAGUUCUUAAAAUUUGGCUACAAACACCAUGAAAUCAAGGAUGAAUUAAUUUGAUUUUGGUGGUCAAAAGCCACUGUAACCUCACAAAACAUUUUUGGCAAUAUAUCAAGAAUUCAAUCAAGAAGCAAGGAUAUUUAUAUUAUCCCUAAAGGACAAUUUGUUGUUCAGACAGCAGAAAUCACACAACCAUCAAGCAAAAUGCAAUAAAUGUACAAAAAAAGCAGGAGUAAGAGCAUAGCAUUGUAUUCAACAGACCAGUCGCAGCAGGGACAUUGACUUUUUCAGUGUAUUUGUCCUGGAUGUUGCACAUACAAUGUUUGCAGUUAGGUGGAAGCAAUGUAAAUCUGUCCUAACUUCAAAUUCCUAAUCUUAUGCGUACAGCUCAGAAAGGUCAUUCAGGGUCAUACCUACAAUUCUGCGAUAUCUAGACAGCAAAUGGGAGCAUAUUUAAAAUAUUUGUUUAAUUUGACACAUUUUACUGCAUCUAUUUCUACUUUCUUUUAAUUUUUCUCUCUUAGCUUUUCAGGUUGACCUUUUUUCCAUGUGUAUCAAUCAAUUCUUCCACACUGAACUCUGUUCAACAAGAUACAUGAGCGCACGGUGAAGGUAGUGGAGGGGCCCAUAUUUGCAUUGGCCCAGCAGGCAAAUGCCAGAUUACCAGCCCUGGGUUCAGUGACGCUGUACUAGCUGAUCAAAGAGAUAAUAAUGCCACUCCCCUCAGCUGAGCUGUAAUGGUGGCUAGCUGUAUCCCUCUGCUGGUCUGGAGAUGUACAGUUGUGGUCAGAAAUGCACAUACGCUUGUCAUGAGGACAAAUGUCAUGGUAAAUUUCAGGUUUUGCAGAUUUCUUUAAACUUCUUUUAUACAUUAUUAUGAAUUAUUGUCAAUUUUCUCUAAUCCACACGGGGUCAAAUAUAUACAUAUAACCCCACUAAUAUUUAGUUAAAUAUUCCUCACGAAGCUCUAUUUCAACCAGAUGCUUUUGGUCGUCAUCAGCAGACCUCUGGCAUAAAUGUUGCUGGAUAUUUGACCACUCUUCUUUGGUAGAAGUAACUUUAAAUGAUUGAACUGGUUAAAUUGCUGCAGCCGUCUUUUUCUGCUCAUCUAAUUCAGGGUUACAGGGGCAUUCUAGAUGCCAUAGGGCGAGAAGCAGGGUACGCCCUGUACAGAGAGAGAUUUACGCUCACACUCACACCUACGGUCUCGACUUGCUGGCAGAUUAGAACCCAGGACCUUAUUGCUGUGAGGCAGCAGUACUAGUCACUGUGUGGCAUCCAUACCUCGCCAUUGUCGACAAAUGACUUCAUUUUUGUCUCAUCUGAUCCUAAAGCCUUUCUCCAGAAGACAUUUGGCUUGUCCAUGUGGGCAGCUGUAAAUUUCAGUCGAGGUGGAAGGUGUCGUUAGGGACCAGGGGCUUUUUUGUUGGUUGGCACACGCUCAGUACAUGCCAAUAUAAAACUCACUUCACUGUGGAUGGUGACACUGCCGUUCCAGCAGUUUCCACUUAAUAGCAGGCUUGAGCCUUGUAGUUUCUAAACAUCAUAACCAAUUUCCUCUCAUGUGGAGGGUGACAGUUUGAGUAUUCUUUCACUCUGGCAAAGUGGUUACGCAUCUGAAUAACUUAGAUACAGUUAUUUAAACUGAUAAUCUUGGAAUCUGCAUCUAUCUAUCCAUCCAUCCAUCCAUCCAUCCAUCCAUCCAUCCAUUUCGCUUUAUGCUACACAAAGAAACUGCCAGUUGUAGUGAAACAUGAUCACUAGGAAGAAGUUAAUAGGAGUUAAGUUAAAAGUUGUCAAGUUAAAAGACAUUGUGAAUGUAGUAUGUGCAUGUUUGGCCCUGUGUGGAUUAGAGAAAAUCCAAGAUAAAUUCAAACUGCAAACAAUUCUUGAUUUUUUUUAAGUCAUUAAAGAUGUAUGCAUUACAAUCAUUCCACCCUGAAAAAAAAAACACUUCAAAGAAAUCAUUAAAAGCCCAAUUACUACCCAUCUAUGCCCACGAUGACUACAACAAUCUAUGCCCACUAUGACUACAACAGUAUACAGCUUGUAUGGCUAAAAGCACCUGAUUUUUUUCUGUAAAAAAAACCAACAAAGUUUUACAGAAAGAAACAUUACCAGUAAUUUUUUUAGCAUAACAGUGAAAGUGUUGUCUUCUUCCUUUAUAUUCAAAAUAAGGCAGACACCCAAAACUCAUCACCAAUCUACAUGGCUAAAUACAAAUACCUACCACAGAAAAAAAUAUACACACAUCUGAUUUUGUCCUGAAUCGCCCCUUGUAAGAAUUACGUUUUUUUUAUUUAAGCAUUCUCAGUUUCAUAUGUUAGCUUGUCAUCUCUAACAUAGUGAAAUGGAAGCAUGCUUUGGAUCGUAAUAAGGUCCUUGUGUUUUUUAAUCAGUUUGCCCAGAUGUAUGAAAAUUAACAGUUGAUAAUGCCAGUCAUGGUGAUAUAAGAUAAACAUGUCAUUUAAAAUGUGAGAAUUAUUUAAUCGUUGCCUGUAGUAAAUACAAAUUAUAACAUUUACUAAAAGAUUGUAAUCAGUGUAUUAUAUUGCUGAUUGUACCCUCUCCCUUUGGAAAUAAAUAAAAAAAAUUGC